UGUGGUCGCUGUAAACGAAUGUAUUCUUAACAAACCUACAAAAAAUUUGAUGUCUUUCGAAAUCUCACAAGCGAUUCAGUUAAUAUGGAAAUGAUCGAAAAUUACAUUUUAAGAUACAAGAGCGCAAAGAAAAUACAAUCAGUAUGGAGGGGUUACUCCACCCGAAAGCACUUUCCUCACAUAAGAUGUGAACUAGAGCGAGAGAAGGCUGCCAUCAAAAUCCAGCGAGCAGUUCGCGAGUGGCUGUACUACCGCACAGUCACUUCAGCAGGGGAGCCCGACCGACACAUGUGGCGCAUCACCAAGGAGGAUCUGGAGAGGCUCGAGGAGGAGGUUGCACAGUGGCAGGAAGAAUGUGACAGCUCUCAGCUCCCCAGCCCUGAUGAGCUGCAGCAGGUUUGUCAGCAGGUGCGGCUGAAGCUCGCUCACUUCCAGUCGAGCUUCCUGAAGAACAGAAGCCUCCUUCACUCACUUCAGCACAGGGUGCGCCUCUUGCAGGAGGUGCAGUCUGUCCUAAUUGCGCUGCCUAACCUGGAAGACAGCAGUGACCUGGAUCUGUCAUUCUUCCGGAGAGUACCCCGACAAGCUGCUGUAUAUGCAAGGCUUCGGCACCGGUUCUCAUUUCUAAUGCUGGACCAACCAGAUGAUGAAGAACUUCCCAGCACACCUGUAGACACUGGUGAUGCAGCGGAUGGUACUGCUACAUCACAGCAGUAAUCACUGUACUGCCACAGUACUGUUAGCAGUUCUGUGCCAUUCGUACAUUUUCAUUUGGUUUAUGCUCACCCAGAGGACACAAUAAUGUUUGCUGCAUGUGGUAAACACCUUUUCUCAAGAUGGGGUCAGAAGGAAGAGAGAGAGAGAGAGAGAGAGAGAGA